CGUGACUCACCUGGCCCAGGUGGGGCGGGGCCGGACGCCGCUCCUGGCUCGCAGGUUAAUGCUUUGACUUCCGUGGCUCCUAACAACAGUGGCACUAUGGUUAUUGGCAAAACAACUUAAUUCAGCUAUUUUAAAACUCUCAAAGGCAAUCGUGUCCUCCGAACAAUGAAGAUCUUAGACCCCGGCUAACUCUGAGACACGCAAACUGUUUGUGAAUCCCUCCUCACUCUUCUGAAGCAGAUGCUGAAGUUCUUUCAAAGGAUCUGCUCUGUUCACACACGGUACCUACGCGAGAGCAGAGAGAGCUCCUGGAGAUCUUGUGUGUGAGCGGUGAGCCAUGCUGGGCCGGAAAACAGGACAUCCCCGUGACCUCAACAGCCACCGCCAGCUGAACCAGCCCCACCAGGAGGCCGUGCCCCUGCGGACCAGACCCUCCAAGGAGACAGAUGUCAGUUUGGAGGUUUUCAGCGGUUCCACACCCGAGAUCAAACAGAGCCGCACCAGGGCCCAGCAGAUGCGAGACAGGAAGGGUCGCAAAGCUGACCUCAAAGACUCUAACGGGAGAGAGACAGAAACAAUUACCUUUAUUUCUGGCACAGCAGAGGCUCCCCCAAACCAGAGCUUUUGCUGUUCCUCUCUAUCUCAGGCCUGGAACACGUACAAGGCUGUUUUCUGUUGUAUAGUGACCUGUGGGGGCUGCUUUCAGGACUGCAGUGUCUGUGUCCCCUACCCGGGGCCUGCCGAGACCUCCACCGAUGAUGGAAAGAAUGGGGAUUGCAAUGGGCGGCUGCCGAACAGCCCCAGCAACGUUUCUCCCACUGAGAAGAAUGGGAACCAGAUCAAAAAGUCCACCAUGGGCAGCAGUUUCAGUUACCCAGAUGUGAAACUAAAGGGCAUUCCUGUGUAUCCAAUCAGGAACCCCAGCCACAACCUGGAAUCAGAUCCUUGCUGCAAAGAGCUGCUGCCCGAGAAGCCCUUCAGGAACAGCAUAGAAAAGCCACCGCUCCCCAGCAGCCACCGGAGUUCAGAGGAGUAUUAUUCCUUCCACGAAUCCGACCUGGACAUCAGUGAGCUGAACGGCUCCAUGUCCAGCAGGGAGAUCGACGUCCUGAUCUUCAAGAAGCUGACAGAGCUCUUCAGCGUCCACCAGAUCGACGAGCUGGCCAAGUGCACGUCGGACACUGUCUUCCUGGAGAAGACCAACAAGAUCUCUGACCUCAUCAAUAGCAUAACUCAGGACUACAACCUGGACGAGCAGGAUGCUGAAUGCCGGCUGGUCCGAGGCAUCAUACGCAUCAGCACUCGGAAAAGCAGGGUCCGGCCCCAUAUUUCUGUCCCAGCCAGCAAGAGCCACGAGGAGAAGUCCAGCAGAGGUAACGCACCAGACAGCGGGAAUGAAACGAUGCUGGAGUCCAUGGUCAUCAGCCAGGACGAUUUGGCUGUGCAAAUAUCGGAGGAAACGCCAGCAGAUGUGAUAGCCAGGAACAUGCGGCGGCAUAGCAGCGCAGGCUCUCCAGCAAGCAGAGAUUCCUCAUUCCAAGACACAGAGACUGACUCGUCUGGGGCACCUCUGCUUCAGGUGUAUUGUUAAGGAGAGAGACCCAAGCAACGGGCAGGCACUUCGAGGCUUUGAUGCAAUCAGAUUUCUCCUUUUUCAAUACCUGCUAUGCCACUUUUUCAACCCCCAGUCUACCCCAACAACUUUGUUGAAGCCAAAUUUCUCUUCAUAUCUGAAUUUUACUGGAUUUUAUUUUGUUUUUUUUUUUUUUGGACAAUAUAGAACAUCAAGGAAUUGAACUGUGGAGCUGAUGAACUCGGGAGGUGGGAUGUGUGCCCAGGGAGGAGAAGAUGGAUAAGGAAGUUUAUAACUUGGGCCUCUACGGCUUCCAUACUUUACAUUUAGCUUCAACAACCUCGGUGGCCCAGCCUUGUCCCUGCUUUGAGGGUCUGUUGUACAGUUUUGCUUUCUGGCAUUGCACAAGUUAACUUGGGUAGGGAAUAACUGGAUGUUUGUGCCGAUGCUGAGGUGAGGGCCAAGCACCUGCUCUUGAGGGACCCAAAUCUCUAUUUAAAGUGCCUGGGUUGGUCCCAAAAACUUAAGUCCUCUAUCCAUGGCAUUUGCAGUAGCCAAAUCUGCCUUUUUCCUGCUGCCUUCAAAGGAGAAAGUUCAGGUAAUGUGGUUCUUCUUUGGCCUCUCGGCAUCGUCUCCAGAGAUCGUGCCGAUGGCAGGGGAUGUCUGGACAGCUGCCCUUCUCUCGUCUCCCACACAGAGCACAGGGAUCAGCUUUGCAGUCGCUGCCAGGCGGGCGGGAGAUGUCACCCAUAACUCGGGCUAUGGGCACGUGGUGGGAAUAGCCGAUUCAUUAUUCGGUCUUUAUCAUUAAGAGUUGGGCUGUUCAACUCUUCUGCCUUAAAAGCAGCGUGCUCAGAAAGGAGAGCCUCCCCUGCAGUGGGUUUGUGAGGAACUGUUCAGUCCUGCCUUUCCUCCUCCUUCCCAUUACACCUCCCUUAACAGCCAUUCCGAUGCGGGAGAUGCGGUAGCGCUACGCCGACGGCACGGUGCCAGGCGACCUUGAGGGCUGCAGCAUUUCAGCGGGAGGAAGCUCUGUCUUUACUGGUGUUGCUUGGUUGGUUAUCAUAAAGUAAACACGUGGAGCCAUGAGGCUUGUUUAGACAUUCAGGUGCCCUUGGACGUGAAUAGAACUCGCUUCGUUGGAUUUAUCAGCCGUAGAAUAAACACGCCCACUGGUUUUUGGGGAGAGGGAAACCAAAAUAGACCCCGUGCUUUUGGUGUGGACCAUGUUUUUGUGCCUUAAUUGGACUGAAAUGUGCCUUAAUUGGACUGAAAUGUGCCUUUAGUUUAUAGCCUGUGAUUACAUUCCAGAAGGUUGGGUAGAAGGGGAAGAAUCUGAUUCCUCACAUGAGCGGUCAGGCUUAUUUAACCAGCCAGAGCCCUUUGAAAUGUACAAUUUCAGUCUCUGUCCAAGCCUGGUUUUGUGAACUGCUGGCGUUUCAAAGCAUAAACCAUGGACAUCACUGAAACGACACCUUGGGACACUGACAGAGCGAGAGUUUGAAAACAAAAGGGAGAGACCAAAGCUUGGAUUUGCCUUCUCCUCCCUCCUUUGUCCUUAGAGCUGUCGGUUUGUGAAAAACGGUUAAUGCAAGAAAGAGACUUGAAAUGAGGCCGUCCUGGGACUCCCGGAGGAGCUGUGCUUGGUUCACCUUCUUCCAAGUGCCACACGAACUGGUGGGCCUGUUCGGCUUCCUGCUUCGGGAUGGAUUUGUAGGUACGUGCGUGGCUUGAGUUUACUUAAAGCUGUGCACUGAGGCAUCGGCGUGAGUCACACUGCGUGUCCGUGCGCUGCAGCUUUGGAGACCAGGGGGUGAGGAUGAACCUGCAAAGCGCUGCCGAUGGCUAUUACAGCUGCAAUAGGAUGUGUUUUCUGUUUAAUCUGUGUACAAAGAGUGAACGUGUAUGGAUUAACCUUGCAAAAUCUCCCCCGAAAAAACUCCCUAGGAGGAAGACUGCCCACUCGAUGGUCCGCGAAGCUGGUGCACCUGUGGUGUCUUAACGGGAUUCUGUUGCACUCCUUGCCCUUCCGUGUCUGAUUUGGUCUUUUUUAUAAAGCAAACCAU